CAUGAGGCGCGCGCAGCCGGCAUGCUAAUGAGGCGGGGCGCGGCAGCGGGCUGAAGAGCUGUUGGGCGGCGGCGGCAGCGGCCGGUUUGGAGCUACCGGGCGGUUGCGGUGUAGGCGCGGGGCACCGGCCAGCGUGAACCUGGACAUGGAGCCGCUCGGCGGGGGCCUGGGGCCCGGCCGCGGGACCCGGGACAAGAAGAAGGGCCGGAGCCCGGACGAGCUGCCUGCGGCAAGCGGCGACGGCGGCAAAUCCAAGAAAUUUCUGGAGAGAUUUACCAGCAUGAGAAUUAAGAAGGAGAAAGAAAAGCCCAACUCUGCUAAUAGAUAUUCUUCUGCUUCAUAUGGGGACGACCCUGCAGCACAGUCAUUGCAAGAUGUUUCAGAUGAUCAAGUUCUAGUACUCUUUGAACAGAUGCUGCUGGAUAUGAACCUGAAUGAGGAGAAACAGCAACCUUUGAGGGAAAAGGACAUCAUCAUCAAGAGGGAGAUGGUGUCCCAGUACUUGCACACCUCCAAGGCUGGCAUGAACCAAAAGGAGAGCUCUAGGUCCGCCAUGAUGUACAUUCAGGAGCUGAGGUCAGGCUUGCGGGAUAUGCCUCUGCUCAGCUGCCUGGAGUCCCUUCGUGUCUCGCUCAACAACAACCCUGUCAGUUGGGUGCAGACAUUCGGUGGGGAGGGCCUGGCCUCCUUAUUGGACAUCCUUAAACGACUCCAUGAUGAGAAGGAGGAGACGGCUGGGAGCUACGACAGCCGUAACAAGCAUGAGAUCAUUCGUUGCUUGAAAGCUUUUAUGAAUAAUAAGUUUGGAAUCAAGACCAUGCUGGAUACACAAGAAGGAAUCCUGCUGCUGGUCAGAGCCAUGGAUCCUGCUCUUCCCAACAUGAUGAUUGAUGCAGCUAAGCUGCUUUCUGCUCUUUGUAUCCUGCCACAGCCAGACGACAUGAAUGAAAGGGUUUUGGGGGCCAUGACAGAAAGAGCCGAGAUGGAUGAGAUGGAACGCUUCCAGCCACUGUUGGAUGGGUUAAAAAGUGGGACCUCCAUUGCACUCAAGGUGGGAUGCCUACAGCUGAUCAAUGCUCUCAUCACACCAGCUGAAGAACUUGACUUCCGAGUUCACAUCCGAAGUGAACUGAUGCGCUUGGGGCUGCAGCAGGUGUUACAGGACCUCCGAGAGAUUGAAAACGAUGAUAUGAGAGUGCAGCUGAAUGUAUUUGAUGAGCAAGGGGAGGAAGAUUCCUAUGACCUGAAGGGGCGGCUGGAUGAUAUUCGGAUGGAGAUGGAUGACUCCAGUGAAGUCUUCCAGAUUCUGUUCAAUACCGUGAAGGACUCAAAGGCAGAAUCACACUUCCUGUCCAUCUUGCAGCACCUACUUUUGGUCCGAAAUGACUAUGAGGCCAGACCGCAGUACUAUAAGUUGAUUGAAGAAUGUACUUCUCAGAUAGUUCUGCACAAGAAUGGGGCUGAUCCUGACUUCAAAUGUAGGCAUCUCCAGAUUGAUAUUGAGGGAUUGAUUGAUCAAAUGAUUGAUAAAACAAAGGUGGAGAAAUCUGAAGCCAAAGCUAUGGAGCUAGAAAAAAAGUUGGACUCAGAGUUAACAGCCCGACACGAGCUGCAGGUGGAAAUGAAAAAGAUGGAGAGUGACUUUGAGCAGAAGCUCAAGGAUCUUCAGGGAGAAGAGGAUACAUUGCAUUCUGAAAAACAACAGCUUGCUGCAGAGAAACAGGAUCUGGAAACAGAGGUGUCCCAGCUUACAGGACAGGUUGCCAAGCUGUCCAAGGACCUGGAAGAUGCCAAGAAAGAAAUUGCUUCUCUCUCUGCCGCAGUUGCCGUAGCACCUCCCAGCAGGGCUCCUGUUCCCCCUGCCCUUCCUUUACCUGGUGAUUCUGGCACUGUUAUUCCACCCCCACCCCCUCCUUUACCAGGAGGGCUGAGCAUACCUCCACCACCACCUCUUCCUGGGAGUGGUACCAUUCCUCCGCCACCACCUCCCCCUCCUUUGCCUGGGUGUGCUGGCAUCCCCCCACCCCCUCCUUUGCCUGGGGUUACUGGCAUCCCCCCACCCCCUCCUUUGCCUGGGGUUACUGGCAUCCCCCCACCCCCUCCUUUGCCAGGGUUUACUGGCUUCCCCCCACCUCCCCCUUUGCCUGGGGCUACUGGCAUCCCCCCACCUCCCCCUUUGCCUGGGGCUACUGGCAUCCCCCCACCUCCCCCUUUGCCUGGGGCUACUGGCAUCCCUCCACCACCUCCCUUGCCUGGGGGACCAGGAAUGCCACCUCCCCCUCCCCCUCUUCCUGGUGGUCCUGGAAUCCCUCCACCCCCUCCGUUUCCUGGAGGCCCCGGCAUCCCCCCGCCUCCCCCUUUUGGAUUUGGAGUUCCUGCAGUACCAGUUCUGCCAUAUGGUUUAACCCCAAAGAAGCUUUAUAAGCCAGAGGUACAGCUCCGGAGGCCAAACUGGUCCAAGUUUGUUGCUGAAGACCUGUCCCAGAAUUGCUUCUGGACAUCGGUCAAGGAGGACCGCUUUGAGAACAAUGAACUUUUCGCCAAACUUACCCAUACCUUCUCUGCCCAGACCAAGACCAAGACAGAUGAGGUAGAUGGAGAAGAAAAGAAAUCUGUGCAAAAGAAAAAAGUGAAAGAGUUAAAGGUGUUGGAUUCAAAGACGGCCCAGAAUCUCUCGAUCUUUCUGGGUUCCUUUCGCAUGCCCUACGAGGAGAUUAAGAAUGUCAUCCUGGAGGUGAAUGAGGCUGUUCUGACUGAGUCUAUGGUCCAGAACCUCAUUAAGCAGAUGCCGGAGCCAGAGCAGCUGAAGAUGCUUUCUGAACUGAGAGACGAGUAUGACAGCCUGGCCGAGGCAGAGCAGUUCGGGGUGGUGAUGGGCACUGUGCCCUGCCUGCGGCCUCGCCUCAACGCCAUCCUCUUCAAGCUGCAGUUCAGUGAGCAGGUGGAGAACAUCAAGCCGGAGAUUGUUUCUGUGACAGCUGCAUGUGAGGAGCUGAGAAAGAGUGAGAACUUCUCCAGCCUCCUGGAGCUGACCCUGCUCGUGGGGAAUUACAUGAACGCUGGCUCCAGGAAUGCGGGUGCUUUUGGCUUCAAUAUUAGCUUCCUCAGUAAGCUUCGAGACACCAAGUCCACAGAUCAGAAGAUGACACUGUUGCACUUCCUGGCUGAGUUGUGUGAGAAUGACUACCCUGAUGUCCUCAAGUUUCCAGAUGAGCUCGCCCACGUGGAGAAAGCCAGCCGAGUUUCUGCUGAGAACUUGCAAAAGAACCUAGAUCAGAUGAAAAAACAAAUUUCCGACGUGGAACGUGAUGUUCAGAAUUUCCCAGCUGCCGUAGAUGAGAAAGACAAGUUUGUUGAAAAAAUGACUAGCUUUGUGAAGGAUGCCCAGGAGCAGUAUGACAAGCUGCGGAUGAUGCACUCUCACAUGGAGACCCUCUAUAAGGAGCUGGGCCAGUACUUCCUCUUCGACCCUAAGAAGGUGUCUGUGGAGGAAUUCUUCAUGGAUCUGCACAACUUCAGGAAUAUGUUUGUGCAAGCAGUCAAGGAGAACCAGAAGCGGCGGGAAAUAGAGGAAAAAAUGCGACGAGCAAAACUAGCCAAGGAGAAGGCCGAGAAGGAGCGGCUGGAGAAACAGCGGAAGAGAGAGCAGCUCAUAGACAUGAAUGCAGAGGGCGAUGAGACAGGUGUGAUGGACAGCCUUCUAGAAGCACUGCAGUCAGGCGCCGCAUUCCGACGGAAGAGAGGACCCCGUCAGGCAAACAGGAAGGUUGGGUGUGCAGUCACAUCGGUCCUAGCCUCCGAGCUGACCAAGGAUGAUGCCAUGACUGCAGUUCCUGCCAAGGUGGCCAAGAACAUAGAGGGAGUCCCCACAGCCCUUGAGGAAACCAAGGAGUUGAUUGGCUGUGCGAGCUAAGCUGGCCUGUGGCCGCAGCAGCUCCUCGGGGGGAACCGGCCUGCUGCUCUCUGUACAUCACACACAGCUUCAGCCGCCUGGAGGACAGAAGGAAAGGGCAGUGUGGGGGCGGCCUGGGCCCAACCCGGCCAGCCCGCUGCUGUAUUUACUAAAGCAGGCUCCGUGCCUGCUGCCUUAACCCUCAGUGUCUCCUCGCUGUCACCCUGAGGCCUCGUCCCCGACAAGGCCCUGCCUGCUUCCUCACCCCCGCCUUUCCAGGGGGCUUUCACUGUCACCUCGUCGGCCUUGCUGGGUUUGUGCUUUUCUUUCGUGGUUCCUCUGGCCCUGAGAACGGCAUGGGGCUUGUGGACCUUGGGGCUGUAUUUCUCCUCCCACUGCUGUCACCCCCACUCCCCUCUCCCCUCUCCUGGCCGUUGUUAUUUAUUACUAGUGAUGUGGCAUUGGGAGCUACUUCUAAGGAGGAGGGGAGCAAACCUCAUCCGUACCCCACCUUCCUGGGGAAAGCUUCCCAAAACAAAAAGGACCUGGACCACUUUAUCUGCUCUGCAGUGGCCUGGGCCCUAGCCCGUGGGCAGGCAGGCAGGGCAGAGACAUGGUGGGGCCCACCGCAGCCUGCUGCCAUGCUUUGUGCCCUCGCCUUUCUGGGCCCUCUGCACCAGCCCCAGCCUCCCCGGAGCUUGGGUGCAUCUCAUCUGGAAUAUGGGCUGUGGGGGAGUCCCGAGCCCAGCCCUGCCAGACCUCACCCUCUGUCUCCAAGGAAAUGGGAGGUGGAGCCUCUGGCUGAGAAAUUGUAUUGCAAAUUGAUCUAUUUUUGUAUGAAUCUUUUUUUUUUUUUUUUUUAAGGAAAAUAACUCCUCCUUUUCCCUUCCUCCUCCGUAACGGUAAUAGGCUUUGAUGGCAGGUUUGAGAGAGUCCCUGGGUUUUCUCCCCACGGGCCUCAAUCCUGAACAAGUCCCCUGGACCUCCACCUCAGCUCUCCAGCCUUCCGGGCCCUUGCGGCCGAUGCAGGUUCUCUUUCCCAGCAUCCAGUUUUGGGGCAGAAGGAAGCUCUUCUCCGGUUAAGCUGGACCAAGCCCAAGAGUAGUGGGAGCUCUGAGACCACAGAGUUUUUAUAAAUUCAAUAUAUUUAUCAAGCCAAAUGUGCAGAUGCUAACUGGAAGUUCUGAGCCCACAUGCACCCCUGCUUCCAUCUCAGCAGUGGGCAGGCCUCACUGUUCCGUGGCCCCAGCCCCAGGAAGCUCAGAUUCUCUGGCUCAAGGUGAUACUUUGCCCUCUUUGUUGUUCCCUCAGACUUCCACCCCCAGGUAGGGAGAGAAUGGCACUGUUAGGGCCUGGCCCGGAAUUAUAUUUGACAGGAGGCAGGUUCUGGUUGUCCCAGAGAUGCAUGUGUGAAGGGGCAACAGCAGCCCCUCUGAGCUAUUCCUGGGAAGACUGGUGCAGGGGCCUGCUGCUCCUCUGGGUCCCCUCCUAUUCCCUGCUGACACCUGGGGCUUUGACCCUUUCUUUUUUAAAUCUACUUUUGCCAAGAUGCAUUUAAUAAAAAAAAAAAAAAGGAGGGGGACAGAAUGCAAACGUAUGUCCCUCGCCUCUUGGGCUUCUGGGAUGUCAUCACCUCCGGUUCAUUGGAUUUGUUUCCAACUGUUAAUAAAGCACUGACUUCAGCAGCACCGCC